UAUUUUGAUUCUGAGAAAAAAAAAACAAAAUACAAUUGAUUAAUAUUUAAUAUAAUUUUGUAUGAUAUGUUUAUGAAGUGUUUUGAUUAAGAAAAUCUUUUUGUUUUGAAAUUCACCCAUUUUAUUUUAAUACUUAAAUCAAAACAAUUUAACCUAAAUAUAAUCAUUAACAAUUGUUUGUGCUAGAAAAAUUUUAAUCUAACGAUAAAUAAUCGUUAGUCUCAGACAUCGUAUGUGCAAGUUUAAUUGAAAAAAUAAAGAGUAAGCAAUGGCCUCAGCUGGAAUCCCUCCGGCAGAAGAUGACGAAUUGACGCUUCCACGAGCAUCCAUAAACAAAAUGAUUAAAGAAAUUUUACCCCAUGUAAGAGUAGCAAAUGAAUCACGUGAAUUAAUUCUCAACUGUUGCACGGAAUUUAUUCAUUUAUUAUCAUCGGAAGCAAAUGAAAUUUGCAAUCAGCAACAAAAAAAGACAAUAAACGCCGAGCAUGUACUUCAAGCACUUGAAAAGCUUGGAUUUGGCGAUUAUGUUGGUGAAGCUGAAUCUGUAUUAAGAGACUGUAAAGCAGUAGCAGCUAAAAGAAGACGUCAAAGUACUAGAUUAGAGAAUUUAGGUAUACCCGAGGAAGAAUUAUUGCGUCAGCAGCAAGAACUAUUCGCGAAAGCACGGGAAGAACAAGCUAUUGCCGAACAACAACAAUGGCAACAGUUACAAGCUGGAGUUGCUCAAAUGGCCUCAAUGCAACAAGAUGAUAGUGAGCAGGAAGAUUAUUCUUAGAUUUCAACAAGUAUAAGUAUAGUUUUAUUUUGUUUUUUCUAAUGUUAUGAAAAAAAAAGUCUUAAGUACAUAGUUGUAAUAGAAGGUAUAUCACAAACAAACAAACGAUAGGAUAUUUGUCAAUAUCAAAAUAUGUAUUAUUAUUUUUAUUAUAAAUAUGUGCCUAUCGUAAAUAUCUUAUACUGAUAAGCAAUAUAAAUAAAUUAUCAUCUUAAGGAAGUAACCUUCCGUAUUCUACAA